GUUCUCCACCAGCAAAACCUGCUUGCAAGAGGCCAUUGGCAGUCCAACAAUGCCGGGUUCAAAGGUGACUCAAACUGGUGCUAUGGUGGAAUGACUUCUCCCCAGGAACUUCUGCCAGCCAGCUAACAUUGCCACCAGAGCUGAGGCAGACAACUUUACUGCAGGAAGCAGAGAAGGGCUCAGUGCCUCUACAAGCAGUAAGCAUUUGAUUAAUCUGCCGAGCAGUAUUAUCAACAAUGUGUUUAUGAUGAGUCAUCCUCGCUCAGCUGAAGAGAGUCAUGGAAAUCCUCUAGGAAAUGAAUUCUUCUAAAGAGAACAAAUCAGCUGUUUUUAUCAACUGAGCUUAUAUUCAGACUGUUUGUGUUAUUGGUGGCUAAACGAGUGAUCAGUGAACAUGAAGCAGUGGGACAGAAGGACGUUACCGUCUUGACAGUUUGGUGGAGAGGAGAUAGAGCAGGCAAGGGGAGGCCUGCAGACAGUUUUGGAGGCAGAAGUUAACACCCCUACAGACUAGUGGCUGAGAAGAAGGUGAGGGAGGAAGGUCUCCCACCACAGUCACAAGGAGUAGCUUUUCUUAUGCCACAGCUCUCUAGCUUUUUAGCAGCUUCUGAUUUUAGGAUUCCUGGGAUGAAAAUGUUUAAUAUCAGCAUGGCAUCCUGGGAAACUGAAUCUCCCUGCUUCAGGAUAUACAGCAGUCAGAUGGAGAGGUGCUUUUUCUGCCAGUGAUCACUCUCUCGAGGCCUGAACGUGAGAUCAACAGAGAAACGUAUGAACUUCUUCUCCUCACCAGUGGACACUGAGUGUAACAACAGUUUGCUUCCAAAGGAGAAAUCUGAAAGUACUCAGAAAGUGGGUGGGAGAGCAACUACAGAAGAUCCUCCCAUAAAGGACUGGAAAACCUAUAAAACCUGAUGAGAACAAAGAAACCCUGAAUCUUUGGAGCUUUAAGAGUUGAAUCUGAAUGAAGUAUACUAUCUCCAAUUUCCCACAUCUCCUGGCAUAGCUGUUCCAAAGACUGGAUGGAACAUGAGGCUACACAACUAGAAAAGCAGCACGUGCAUAGUGUGUAUGAAAAUACAGCUGCCUACUUCAGUGAUCUGCAGAGCAAAGCAUGGCCUCGUGUUCGAAAUUUUCUGCUGGAGCAAAAGCCUGGCAGUCUUGUUGCUGACAUAGGUUGUGGAACUGGAAAAUAUCUGAGUGUCAACAGUCAGGUGUAUAGUCUCGGCUGUGAUUACUGUGGACCACUGGUAGAAAUUGCAAGGAAGAAAAAUGAUGAAGUUCUUGUAUGUGACAACCUUAACCUUCCCUUUAGGGACCAGUGCUUCAAUGCAGUAAUUUCCAUUGGAGUGAUCCAUCAUUUCUCAACUAAACAAAGAAGAAUCAAAGCCAUAAAGGAAAUGGCGAGGGUAUUGAUACCUGGAGGUCAGAUGAUGAUUUAUGUUUGGGCUAUGGAACAAAAGAAUCGUCACUUUGAGAAGCAAGAUGUAUUUGUUCCUUGGAACAAGGCCUUGUGCUCACGACAUUUUUCAGAAUCAAAUCGAUCUGGAGAUAAGGGUGAGUUUGUGCAUACUGUAAAAAGCCAAGACAUACACCCUGCACAGCUAGUCAUCUCUGAUUGCAGCUACCAAACCGGUCUGCAGCCAGAAACUGAUUCAAAACAUUCCCACGGUACAGACCACUGCUUAUCCAGAGCCUGCUGCAUGAAAAUAUCUGAAGAAGAAAACAGAUUUUACAGUGCUCUAGGAAGAUCUUUCCGCUCGUGGUUUUUCUCCAGAUCCCUCGAUGAAUCGGCCCUUCGCAAGCAAACUGACAAGUUGAAGCCUCUGAAGAAUGAAGGAGAAUGGGCAAACAGUACUGUGCCCAUUCAGCACUCACGACACUGCAGUUUGGAUCUAGGUCACCACGGGGCGCUGUUAAAAGAACAAAGUUUGGAUGAUGAUGAUGUGUUUGUGGAAAGCCUGCCUCUCAAAAAAACAGAGUGGUCACCAGCCACAGAUGCACUGAAGGAUUUAAGUUUAAAUGGAGGACACCAAAGUGUCUCUCAGAGCAAGAGUGAAGAAGUUUCAUUUAUAAACAGCCCAGUGGAAGACAGGGAUUACAGCUGUGGCUAUAAUAAAGACAGUGCUGGUAAUUCUGAUGCCAGUAAGUUUUUCAAAAGAACUUCAACAACUGACUCUAGUGACUCUGCUUUGGAUUCAGCUGUGUCUGUUGGGGACCAAACAGAUGCCAUGUUGGAUACAAAAGCCUUUAUGCGUUAUUACCAUGUUUUUCGGGAAGGGGAGCUGUGCUCUCUAAUCGAAGAGAAUGUGCCUGAGCUUCAGAUACUUUCUUCGUGCUAUGACCAUGGAAACUGGUGCAUUAUUGCAGAGAAAAUACGAACAUAGCUGGAAAAAGAAGCAAGAAUCCAGUGACUGAGGAUUUUAAGCUGCUCCUUGCAUUCCUGUGAUUGCGUGGUGUGACAUGGAAUUUGAAUCUGAUGUAGCUGUGUGCCAUUGGUUUUGAAGUUAUUCUCUCUCUAACUGUUUAACUAUGUAAUGCAAGGUCUGUAUAUAGGAAUAUAAGCAGGAAACAAUAUUUAUGUUUUGUUAAACUUUUAUG